AUUAGACCUAACUUACUGUACACUAGCACACACAUGAUCAUCACUCGGUGGACUAUAAACAUAGUCUCUCUGUCGUCGUCGCAACAAUUCUCGAUCGAAAAAUAAAAUAUCUAUUUGCGACUUUGCGUCGUCAUCGUUGUUGUUCCGUCCUUCUAGGGUUUACUCAAAAGUUUUUUCCUGCUUCCAGUAAAUCAUGAGUCACCAUCCAGAAGUGAAAUGGGCAGAGAGAGAGGAUAAGGUUUACUUAACAGUGCUAUUACCUGAUGCUAAGGAUGCAAAUGUUAAGCUUGAUCCGGAAGGUGUUUUUGAUUUCUCUGCGAAAGCUGGACCAGAGAACCAGCUUUAUGAGCUUAAGCUUGAGCUUAAUGAUAAGGUCAAUGUAGAGGAAAGCAAAAUAAACAUUGGAUUAAGGAGCAUAUUCUGUAUUGUGGAGAAAGCAGAGCCGAAAUGGUGGGGUAAGCUAUUGGGUGGAGGAGGGAAACCUCCUCACUAUGUUAAAGUUGAUUGGGACAAGUGGGUUGAUGAGGAUGAUGAUCCCGCCACUGGUCCUGGAGAUAUGACGGAUAUGGGGGGAAUGGGUGGCAUGGGAGGAAUGGAUUUCUCGAACUUUGGUGGCAUGGGAGGUAUGGGUGGAAUGGGAGGUAUGGGAGGUCUCGAGGGGCUUGGUGGUAUGGGUGGAAUGGCCGGGCUUGAAGGGCUCGGUGGAAUGGGAGGCCUUGGUGGAAUGGGUGGUAUGAGCGGUCUUGGUGGAAUGAGUGGUAUGGAAGAAUUUGAAGAUAGUGAUGAUGAAGGAGAAGAAGUAAAAUCUGGAGAGAAAAAGGAGGAAGCUCAAGCUCAGGCUCCUGCUCCUGCAACAGAGGAGGCUAAAGCAGAAGAGCAAACAACUGUUAAGAGUGACAAAUGAAGACACUGUCCUUAAAACCUUAUGGUAUGGCUAACCAAGAGUUGUUAUGCGUUUAUGAAAACCGCUGAUUGGUUUGCUCUUUUAAAUCCUUUUCCCUCCACUUUUUACUUGUUGGAUUGUUGAACUCCCUGAUUCGGGUCUUAUAUGGUUUGCUCUGUUUUUAUAUUAUUGUUGUUGUUCUUGAACUUGCAAUAUUUUUGUUGCGCCGAUUGAGUGGACUUAAAGAGUUUGUGAGAAGCUCUAUAAUAUUGUCUAUAUCCAUAACUACUAGGUAGUCAGUCUAUAGAGUAUAGACUACUCUCUAAAUUCUAACCAAAAUUCC